CCCCGCACUAUUCUAUGUGAACUUGCUAUACGAGAUCUGUGAAAACUUGGAGUACGCAGCAAUCAGAGCCGCAGAACUCUCAGCCAGCAGCAACAACAGAUCGGCAAGAGACACUGAAUCAACAGGCAAAUCAGAAAGUAGCUCAAGAAUUUACCAGAAUGACAGAUCCACGAGAACAACAGCCUCAGACUCAACAGCAGCAGCAGUCACAGCAGCAGCAACAACAACAACAGCAUCAAACCAAAGGCAAUGAAGAGCCAAGAACAAAUCUUAUUAUCAAUUAUCUUCCACAGAGUAUGACAGAGAAGGAUCUUUAUAGUCUGUUUGUAACUAUUGGUUCUGUGGAAUCCUGCCGUGUCAUGAAAGACUACAAAACAGGAUAUAGUUAUGGGUUUGGCUUUGUUAAUUACACGAAAGCUGAAGAUGCUGCCACAGCUAUAAAUACCUUAAAUGGACUCCAAGUUCAGAACAAAAGGCUAAAAGUAUCUUUUGCUCGACCAUCUGGUGAGGAGAUCAAGGAAACCAAUCUUUAUGUUACAAAUUUGCCAAGAAAUAUAACAGAAAGUCAAAUUGAUGAUAUAUUUAGCAAAUAUGGAAAUAUCGUACAGAAGAACAUUUUAAAAGACAAACUCACUGGCUUACCAAGAGGUGUGGCAUUCGUAAGAUUUGAUAAACGAGAGGAAGCGCAAGAGGCGAUCGUACGGUUACACGGCACGAUACCGGAAGGUGGAUCGGAGCCACUUAGCGUAAAAGUUGCGGAGGAACACGGGAAACAGAAGGCGGCAUACUACGCUGGAUGGCAAGCCGGUUAUAACCAGAGUCGGGGUGCUGGAGGUGGCCUGAGCAGUGGUGGAAGGGGCAGGGGAAUCGGUGGCCCGCCAAGCAUGGGCAUGGGAAUUAGUGGUGGCGGCCCUGGCAUGAUCGGCAGGGCAGGCGGAUUUGGGCCCCGCGGAGGGCCCCAUGGCGGUUUCCUUGGCGGAAGUGGCGGUCCUGGUGCAAUGAGGAUGGAGAAAAUUCACCCACAUCGCUUCAACCCCAUCGGUAUGGGCGGUGGAUAUGUCCAGUCGCAUUUCUGGUGACCUAACCUCGUCGACGACCCGGACAGCAAGGCAACACCGGCUACGUACCUUUCUUCGUUCGAC